GAUGGUCACACAGAGAUGAUUGAUGGCUCGACUGUUGAGUCGGGAAGUUUUCUUACACAGCGUCCAGCGGUGUUCAGCGAAAUGACCGGAAAUUCCCGAGAAGCGGAAGUCGGAGGGACCCUGUUUUUAUUCGCUGACCCGGAAGAGGAAGGGCCCAAAUCGAAACGAUGGUGGGAGACGCUGAAAAACAAUUGUUGUGCACUACGUCACAGGUGCCACAAGGCUAACCCCGAAGAGAAAAGGAAAGCGUUGGUUCAAAAGAAUGGAGCGUUUAGAAUUUAUUUCGCGGGUUUGAACCAGCACCGCCGGAAGUACCUGGCAGACCUAUACGUCACGCUGCUGGACCUCGAGUGGCGCUACGCCAUGGCCAUCCUCUUCAACACGUUCCUCGUUACCUUUCUCGUCUUCGCCGUCUUUUGGUGGCUCAUGGCGUACAACAACGGCGACUUUGACAAUUUAGGCAACCCCAAACACGACUUUUGCUUGCUGGGCGUCAGGUCAUUUCCGGGCGCGAUACUUUUUUCUAUGGAAACCCAAACGACCAUUGGUUACGGGAUGGCGUACCCCAAUGCUCAAUGCGCUGGGACCUUGCCGAUUAUGUAUUUACAGGUUGUUUUAGGCUUCCUGAUCGAGACCUUCAUGCUUGGCUUCAUCUUUGUGAAGAUCGCGCGGCCCAAGUACCGCGCCAACACCAUCCUGUUCUCUAGACACGCCAUCAUCAACCAGGAGAAUGGACAGCUCGUGCUUCAGAUCCGUAUCGGAGACUUACGAAAGUCUCACCUGGUUGACUCCUGCAUCUCCGCUAUGGUGGUACGACGACACUCGACUGAAGAGGGCGCCUACUACCCGCUGUACCAAUUUAACUGUGAGCUCUCAGCCAAUGGGAUGGGAGAUCAGGUGUUCCUCCUGUGGCCGAUCAUACUCACACACAUCAUCGAUAAGGACAGUCCGCUGUACGACAUAAGGCCGGCGGAUCUCAGCUCGGAGAAGUUUGAGAUUAUUGUGUUCUUGUCUGGGACGGUGGA